AUGCAAGAACCACAAACUACUGCUAAAUGUAUCAUAUAUACCAGCAAAGGCCGCUUGGAUGUGGAGUUGUGGUGUAAGGAGAUACCAACUGCUUCUAGAAAAUUUCUCGAGGAUUGUCAGUUGGGUAAGCUAAAGGAUGAAGCCAUUUACGAAAUUUCUGGUGAUGGCAAAACAAUUUUCUUCUCUCAUAAUAGAUCUGACAACCUUUCUCUUCCAACAGAAACUAACGACAGGAUAAAAUUUAAUAGGAAUGGGAUACUGGGCUGGGACAACAACACCAAUAGAUGGUUUAUGACACUCAAAGAGUACACGACGCAGGACACAGACAACAAAGUAAUCGCAGGUAAAAUUGUCGAUGGCUCUUUCUACACGUUGAAAGCUAUUGCUGAUAGCAGUGAAGUUAGGCCAGAUGGCUUAUUGUUGUACCCGGCACAUGUUAAAGAAACUGAAAUAACGAUACCCUAUUUUAAAGAUUUACCACAAGUAAAAACUAUACAAUCAAAAAUUCUUGAAGAGAUACGACCAAAGAAGUUGACAAAGGUCAGGCUGCUUUAUGAAGAUGAGGAUGAAGACGACAAUGAAGAUGGAUAUAAAGAUGAGGAUGAAAACAAUGAAUUGCCUUCAAGGAAGAGGAUGUGCAUAAAGAUGCCUAAAGGAAUUAAAGUCCAGGUAGAACCAACUGUUUAUCCUGCUGGGACUGACUCUGACGCGAGUCGCGCUCAACAUUUAGAUUGUUUGGAGGAAACUGAUGAUCAAGGUGAGGAAAUCACCGAAGCUGCACAGAAAUAUUUGUUUCAACAAGAUGAGAAAGCCAAUCGUGAGCGGAAAACCUUAAUAAUGCUUGAUAUAUUCAAGAAAAAUGUGAAGGGUAAAAAUAUUCUCAAAAAGGGAAUCUAG